AUGAAAUUAUACAUAUUUCUUGUUUCUGCAUUGAUUGCGUUUUGCUCCUUCAGAGAUUGUACCGUUAAGGGAUGGCCUGUUACUAAUCCAGAGAUUGUAGACAGUCUUAUAUUUGCUGAUCCAGAAGAGGCUGCACAAUCGAUGAGAGAAAUUCCUCAAUGGCAUUGCUUACGAUAUUUCAAACACGACAUUCAUCUCAUGCGUCGUUGUAGAAACUAUAGACUACACAUGUUGCGUCGGCCUUCAGAAACAGUGUAAUGAAAAUAGAAA